AACUUGGUGACGGCUGUCAUCGCGGGUGUGAGUGCCUCGCUGGUACAAACCACACUCACGUACCCCUUUGAAUUUGCGAAGACAGUGUCGCAGCUGACCCGUAGGAUCCCAAACUCCAAGGGAGUACUCCCUUCACUCGAGCUACAUCAUCAGUUUAAACACUACUUUGCAGGAUGUGGCGCUCUGAACGUGGGCAACGCGUUGAAGUCAGGCUCCAGGUUUAUGGUGUUCAACUGGGCCUCUAAGUUCAUGGCGUCGGAUACGGGCAAGACAAGCGCUCCAAGAUUGGUCAUUGCUGGUGCGAUGACAGGCUUUGUCGAAUCGCUAUGGAUUAUUCCAUUCGAAAACAUCAAAACCACCAUGAUUGAAAGCGCUCUGAUAACAAGCGCACACUUAUCGAACCACCCAAUGGUGGUUGCCAAACGUAAAUGGGAUAAAAACCCUCCUGCAAACUUCUUACAGGCAACUCAGGAGAUUUAUCAGACCAGAGGGUUUCGAGGAUUCGUACAAGGUACCGUACCAACCCUCUUGAGACAGUGCACCAACAGUGCAGUGAGAUUUGGUACGUAUACUUGGUUAAGGUCUCUUUUCGGCCACAGUGGUGAGAUGAACACAUACCUUACAUUCACCAUUGGUGUUACAAGUUCUGUUGUUGUGGUCGCAGUGACUCAACCUAUCGAUGUCAUCAAAACAAGAAUGCAGAGUAGAGAGACGUUUUACCUAUACAAGAAUUCUUUAAACUGUGCAUACCGAAUCUUUGUUGAAGAAGGUGUGAAGGCAUUCUGGGCUGGUUGGUUCCCUCGUCUCUUGAAGGUUGGUACAUCUGGAGGUGUUGCAUUCACAGUUUACCAGCACGUUGAGAACCAGAUAACAAGAGCACUCAAGGAAAAACCAUUCCAGGCUGAUUAG